UCUCUUUGUUUAAAACAAAACGGAAAGAAAGGAAUCCGGCUGGAAAUACAUAAUCGUCAAACGCCACGUGGAGGGAUCCUGAAGGUCGAUACCCCACAUUUUCUUACUAUAUCCAUUUUCCAUCUCUCUCUUUCUACACUUGGCUUGAUCUCCCCUUAUAUAAACCCCUCUCAAGUCUCCAUUUCUAUUCACUCUCUUCCUUCUCCUGAUCAGUCCUAUUAUCUCAUUGCUCACCGGAAACAGAUUUUCUGUAGAAUCACACUUAGAGUUCUGAGACGACAAACCGCUCUCAGCCAAGCCAUGGCAGGCGGAGGGUUCGUCUCGUCCGCGGGAGGGACGGAGUUCGAGGCUAAGAUCACUCCGAUCGUCAUCAUGUCUUGUAUCAUGGCCGCCACCGGCGGCCUCAUGUUCGGCUACGACGUCGGUGUCUCAGGGGGAGUGACGUCGAUGCCGGCGUUUCUGGAGAAGUUUUUCCCGGUGGUGGCGAGGAAGACGCAGGACCCCACGCUCAACAAUAGCAACUACUGCAAGUACGACAACCAAGGCCUGCAGUUGUUCACGUCCUCGCUCUACCUGGCCGGCCUGACCGCCACUUUUUUCGCUUCCUACACCACCAGGACGUUGGGGAGGCGGCCGACCAUGUUGAUCGCAGGGUUGUUCUUCAUCGCCGGGGUGGUGCUCAACGCCGCCGCUCAGGACCUCGCCAUGCUCAUCGUCGGGCGGAUCCUGCUCGGAUGCGGCGUCGGAUUCGCCAAUCAGGCAGUGCCACUUUUCCUAUCAGAGAUAGCACCAACCCGAAUCCGUGGAGCGCUCAACAUACUGUUCCAGCUCAACGUCACCAUCGGCAUCCUCUUCGCCAACUUGAUCAACUACGGCACCGCCAAAAUCAAAGGCGGAUGGGGCUGGAGGCUUUCCCUCGGCCUCGCCGGCGUCCCUGCAGUCCUCCUCACCGUCGGCGCCCUCCUCGUCUCCGAAACGCCCAACAGCCUCAUCGAACGCGGCCGUUUGGACGAGGGCAAGGCCGUCCUCCGCAAAAUCAGGGGGACCGACAAGAUCGAGCCGGAGUUCCUCGAGCUCGUCGAGGCCAGCCGCAUCGCCAAGGAAGUGAAGCACCCGUUUCGAAACCUCCUCAAGCGCAAGAACCGGCCCCCGCUCGUCAUCUCCAUCGCUCUACAGAUCUUCCAGCAGUGCACGGGGAUCAACGCCAUCAUGUUCUACGCCCCCGUGCUCUUCAACACCGUGGGGUUCGGCAGCGACGCCUCCCUCUACUCCGCCGUCAUCACCGGAGCGGUCAACGUCCUGUCCACGGUCGUCUCGAUCUACUCCGUCGACAGGCUCGGCCGCCGCAAGCUCCUACUCGAGGCCGGCGUCCAGAUGCUCCUCUCCCAGGUGGUGAUCGCCGUGGUGCUGGGGAUCAAAGUGACGGACCACUCCGACGACCUCGGGAAGGGGUUCGCCGCCCUGGUGGUGAUCAUGGUGUGCACGUUCGUGUCGGCGUUCGCGUGGUCGUGGGGUCCGUUGGGAUGGCUGAUCCCGAGCGAAACUUUCCCGCUUGAGACGCGGUCGGCGGGGCAGAGCGUCACCGUGUGCGUCAACCUGCUGUUCACUUUCGUGAUCGCGCAGGCUUUCCUUUCGAUGCUGUGCCACUUCAAGUUCGGCAUCUUCCUCUUCUUCUCCGGGUGGGUGGCGGUGAUGUCGGUGUUCGUGUUUUUCUUGGUGCCGGAGACGAAGAACGUGCCGAUCGAGGAGAUGACGGACAAGGUUUGGGCGCAGCACUGGCUGUGGAAGAGGUUUGUGGAGGAGGAUGGUGACGUGGAGAUGGAGGGAAGAGUCGGGGUCAACGGCAAGGGGAAUGGUAGUAAUGGGGUUGACUAUUCUUCUUAGUUACGUUGCGUGUUUGUUUUAGACAGACAAAGUGUGGGACAGGGAAUAACUACAGAUGGUGUGGUAAUAAUAUGUUUGAUUUAUAAGGAGAUGGUAUUAUUGGUAAUAUUAAUAUAGGGUCUU